AUGGCUGAGCUAUUCGCCCAGAUACAGGAAAGGUACACGGCAGAGACGCAGAAGCGUCUUCGUCCUGAUGGACCAGCACAGUUCCUCAACCUCGAGGAGAGCGACAAUGACCGCCUACGCCAUCUGGCUGACGACCCGUGGGCGGACCACGAAGCCCUCGACGCCGUGGAGCCUCCCAUUACUCAGGGUUCGCACCACAAGUUUCUCAUCAUCGGUGCUGGCAUCAGCGGCCUUGUCAGUGCCGUCCGUUUGAUCGAGGCGGGCUUCACAGCCGAUCAAAUCAGGCUCGUCGACGGUGCCGGCGGCAUUGGCGGCACAUGGUACUGGAACCGAUAUCCCGGCAUCCACUGUGACGUUGAGUCCUAUAUCUACAUGCCCCUGCUCCAGGAGACGGGCUACAUGCCGUCGACAAAAUACGCCUCUGGUGUUGAGAUUCGUCACUACCUGAACGACGUGGCCAAGAAGUACAAGCUCGAUGACAAGGUCCUGCUGCGGGCCACAGUAAACAGUGUCGACUGGGACGACAGUGCAAAUGCCUGGAAGGCGAGCAUCACCGCCAGCCGCGGCGCAAAGGGUGCCACCAAGAGCACCAUUACUGCCGAGGCCGAAUUUGUGGUACUCACGUCUGGCUUGUUGUCCAAGCCACACGUUCCAAAGCUUGCGGGAGCUGGCUUGUCCCAGUUCAAGGGAGAGCUUCUGCACACCUCGCGCUGGGACUACAACGCCACCGGCGGUUCCUCCGAAAAUGUGUUUCCAGAGCUCGACAAGCUCAACGGCAAGCGUGUCGGCAUCAUCGGCACGGGAGCCACGGCAAUCCAGGUCGUACCAAUUCUGGCUCGGCACGCGGGCGAGCUCUUCGUCUUCCAGCGGACACCGAGCGCGGUGUACCAGCGCGGACAGCGGGACACUACACCGGAGGAGUGGGACAAAAUCACCCAGCCCGACAAAUGGCAGUACGCACGCAUGGAAAAUAACGUAAAGAGCAUCACGUGGCCGGACCCGCAGGAGGAGGACCUCGUCAAGGACGAGUGGUCGCGGCAGAAGGCCUACGCGGCCGCGGUGGGCGGGCCCGAGUACUCGCACGUCGCGCCGGAGCAGGUACCGCAGGUCAUCGGGCACUUCCUUGGCCUCGACAACGAGAACAGCAUACGCAUGCGGGCCCGCAUCGCCGCCAUCGUCGAGGACAAGGAAACGGCCGAGAAGCUCACUCCCUGGUACCCGAUCUGGUGCAAGCGCCCGACCUUUAGCGAGACGUACCUGCCCACCUUCAACAGGCCAAACGUACACCUCGUCGACACGGACGGCAAGGGCGUCAGCGGCGCCACCGAGACGGGCCUCACUGUCGGCGACAAGGAAUACCCCUUGGACGUGCUCAUCCUCGCCACUGGCUUCCUCGCCCCGAGCACGGGCAAUGCCGAUCCGGCCCUGCGGGCGGGCGUGAAAGUCACCGGAAAAGGCGGCCGCACCUUGUCCAACAAGUGGGAGACGCAAGGUCCCAGCACGCUGCACGGCUGCAUGUCCAGCGGCUUCCCGAACCUGUUCUUCAUCAACCCGGCCCAGGCGGGUGUCGCGCCCAACCAGGCGCACGCCAUCGACGUGCAGGCCCGGCACAUUGCCUGGCUCGCGGCUGCUGCGCACAAGAAGGCUCACGGUAUUGUAGUAGGGAAAGUGGCUGUCGAUGUCGACACGCAGGCUGAGGAGGCGUGGGCGAUGCAGUGCGUCGCCGGGGCGGCGCGGUUUGCCACUUUCACCGUCUGCACGCCGGGAUACAUGAACAACGAAGGUACCGCGCUGGACAUGUCUGACCAGGCGGCCCUAUUCAGAACUGCGAGGGCUACGCCGAUCACCGCGGGCCUGCUCAAGUACCAGGAGAUCCUGCAAGGGUGGAGGAGCGAGGGUGCUUUGGCCGGGUUGGUUGUCACGCCUGUUUGA